UCCGUUUCCGGACAAUGGCGGGAUGUUUUCUGGUUUGAUGUCUUCGUCGUCUGUACACGCCUUUGUUCUCGUAUGCAAGGGUCACUCUUUCACCUUAAAUCUAAGGUGGUAACUUGUAUCUGAUUGUGAGCUUGCCGGCGCUCAAUACCUCACGAUGGAGGAAAUAGUAGGCAAAGUAGGAAAUGUUGUCUUCGAGCUGGAGAUGGCCCUGGAGCAACAACUCGGCGCGCUGCCGCUACCGUUCCCUGGUAUGGACAAGUCCGGAGCAGCCGUGUGCUGCUUUUACGUGCAGGGAAACUGUAGCAAAGCAUCUGCAUGCCCUUUUAGGCAUGUUAAAGGGGACCGAACAGUGGUCUGUAAGCACUGGUUGCGAGGUCUUUGCAAGAAAGGAGAUCAAUGCGAGUUUCUCCACGAGUUCGACAUGACGAAAAUGCCAGAGUGCUACUUCUAUUCGCGUUUCAACGCGUGUAGUAACAAAGAGUGUCCAUUUCUACACAUAGAUCCCGAAGCGAAAAUCAAAGAUUGUCCUUGGUAUGACCGAGGCUUUUGUCGGCACGGCCCGAACUGUCGCCAUCGACACACACGACGCGUCAUGUGCAGAAACUACCUUAGCGGAUUUUGUCCCGAUGGACCUGAGUGCAAAUUCAUGCAUCCGAAGUUUGACUUACCCAUUCAGGAUCCAGCACAGCAAGCGAAGAAGGCCAACAUUGUAUGCCAUUAUUGCGGUGAGGCAGGACAUAAAGCAAUAUCCUGCCACAAAAUGCCGGCCGAACUGCGGGAAGAGCAGCAGCACACUCGUAUGCAGUUCCACAAUCACUAUGGUGGAAUGCACCGACGUGAUCACGAAGACGGCGGGGGCGCAAACGCUGGUGGACAACGAGGCUUUAGACCACUGGAUCAAGUCACUUGUUACAAGUGUGGGGAGAAAGGACAUUAUGCCAACAAGUGCCCGAAGGGACAUUUAGCUUUCCUUAGCAGUGCACUUCAAAACACACCGAACGUGUAGGCAUGUUAGUGUGCAUCACUACAGAGGUGCAUCAGAUGCAGUAUGUGUCACUGCAUCAGAUGUUCAGUUUCCUUUUUCCUGUAAACCUCUCCAUCAAGUCCUCACAUUUGAAUGAUUGUACUUGACUACAAAGACCAGGGAGAGAGUAUGUCUGUUCUCAUCACAAACAUAUUGUCAGUCAUUGUGUAUGCAAGCGUAAAAUUUGACAUGCCCUUUGCCAAAUUUUGCUAGACAUUUGCCUGUGAUGGUCGAAGUCAAAACUUGAUUGCAAAGGUGGUACAGCACCAAGGAACUCUAUACCAGUGGAGUUAGGCACACAGACAAACUUGUCUGCUAGUUGUGUAUGCGUGGCCAACUCUGCAGGUUGGUUGUCCUUUGCAGUGGGAUGUUAACAGCUUCCUGUAUGUGUACAUUGAGUGCGUGAUGUUUUACUGAUGCAUAGUGCAUUGCACUUCACCAGUUUUCAGUCCUCUUUGAUACCAUUUUUUUUUAGUAUUACUUUUUGUUUAUAGGUAUACUGGAAAUAAGUGCCACACCACUGUUGUAAAUGCUUGAUUGUGUGAAUGAGAUGUUGUGCUUGAACCUGUAGGCACUGCAAAGUUGCCAUGAUUGUCUGGAACUGUGCAUGAAAUGCCCGUGGUGUGAAGUGUCACUGUGAAGUGUAUUGCCAGAUGGGUUGGACACAGAAGCAGACAAGGCCAGGGUGUCAUUGCACCUUGUAUACAACAAAUGAUUUUUGUUUUCUUGUUUGAUACUUGGGGAAAGCUGUACAGAAAGCUUUCCCAAAUUUUACUGGUUGUCAUCUGUGUUUAGUACACAAACACACAAGGUUCUUGUGCUUCCUGCAGAUACUUGGUUUACAUUUAUUUCCAUUCAUAUUUUCUUGCCGAGAUCAUACUUUUGCAGUUUAACACCUGAAUUCCAGUAGGCACGCAUGAGUUAUGCCCAGUCACCUGUAUAUCAUCCAGCCAAUGAACACUGAAGCCUAUGGGAAUUCACCACUACCACAUGCAAAUUCUCAGUGACAGUAAUAGAGUUGUUGGUCAUUGAGUUAAAAACUUACAAAUGAUCAUUGAGAGCAGCUUUUGGCAUUGCAUGUUAAACAUUCAAAAGAAAAAGCAUUUUGAAAUUGUGUUACAUGUAAAACAGUACUGAAUUUGUAGUAAAAUAUUGACCAUGGCAAAAUUUUUCAGAAUUCUUGCUCUGUAGGUGAAAUGACAGCUGUGCAGACUGUCAGAUAGAAACAAAAAACCUCCACUUUGCUUUUCUUCAUGGUUUUUUUGUUCAUGUGCUGGCGUUUGCACCUUUCCUUUUUUUCUUUACUGUGUGUCUAUAAUGUAAAUGAGUGGUCUUUCAGGAUGGUCCAGUGCCUACGUGGGGUAGAACUGAUCACUAGUGGGUAUCGCUAAUGGUUACAUAUAGGAGCCUGCAAGGCCAGGCUAGUGUGCUGUAUGCAAUUCCACGGUAUACAACCAUUUAUUGAGAGGGCACAUUUUUGCAAAUUUGUGCUGAUGCCAGUUCAAGCAGGGCCUGGACACUUCCCAGAGUAAGCAUUGGAGGUUAGCACAUAGGUUUGUGGAGAAUUACAAAUGCAUUGCACACACAACAUUGUCAUUUGUCUCUGUAAGACUGUUAAGGCAUGCAUGUGUAUGCAUGCCUGUUGCCUUCACCUUGUGAAGGCGAAAUGCAUUCACCUUGUGAAUGCAUUUGUCACAUGUUUGCCACCAGAUUGUACAGGAGGAUUUCUGCCUCGCACUGUAGACCCACGAGGCAAGAAGAGAUUAUUUGGCAGCAAGGUGAAGCAUCCUGGUCUUCUGCUGCUGGGCUAGUUUGUACAUAGUGUUAAAAAGAAAAACAGUGCAAAAAGCAGGACAAGAAAGAGAGGCAGACACUGUCUCAUUGUUUCUGUCUGUCUUUCUUCUGUUUUUUUUUUGCAGUGUUUUCAUUCUUAAUAGCAUUGGUGGCACCUGUGGUCAGCGUCAGGUUGGGAGUGCAGUGGCAAAUUCCCCUCAAAGUUAACAUGUACCAGCAAAUCAACUCGUCUGACUUUACAUUCAUUUCACUCCCUGCAGUCCAUGGCCUGUGCCUUUGCCUUAUUCAGGCACUGCCAUGCCAUGAACCUUCUCACCCUUCUGGGCGAGGUGCGCCUCUUUGCCUGUUAAGUGGCAGUGAUGUUCAUGGCUUUGAAGAAGCAUUAAUUUCACCACUAGUUCUGUGGUGAAUCUUCUUGAAUGGGACAUAGACCUGCUCAUGCUCUCUCGGGGGGGGGAGUUUAUUGGUCAGGAGAGAAAACACCUGUAGUGUGGGCAGUUUUGUGCUGUGAGCCAUCUUCUUCCUCCCUGCACAUUCACCAUUGGCUGCUAGUGUGUGUAGUUUGUGACUGCAUUGUGUUCGUUGUUGCCGAGGUACAAUUGGGGUGUCGCCUGUGCAAUCCAUAAGCAAACUAUCUUCAGUAGAGGUGGGCAAUCAUAAACUUCUUCAAAUACAAGUUGAAUGCGAAUAGUAAGUGUUGAAUAUUGAAUCGAAUAUUGAACAGUCAAACGCCGACUCAUAUAUGUACAGCAGGAAUAUUUAUUUUGCUAUAAUUACGCACCACACCUGUACUGACUAGUGCCAAGAAACAGCCUUACUAUCAGGGACAGGUGAUCAGUUUGAAACACAAGAUCAUAAUUGGUCAUUAAAGAAGCUGCAUGAGCAGCCUCUCAACAACUUUAAAGCCUGGUCGCAAACAAACUUUCCAAGAAAGAGUGGCUACUGUUACAACUAGUUUUCAAAAAAUGCUAAAUAAAUGGUUACUGAAAUAAAGAUUGAAAGUUGUGGAAAACGAAAAAAAAAAGCUGUUGAAGGACUCGUGUGCUGUAGAUACGCGUAAUAAGGCCUGUUGUAAGGAAAACAAUGGAGUUGUUUUCCUUACAAUGGAAUUGUAAGGAAAACAGUUGAGUUACGUUGUUUUCCUUACAAUGGAAUUGUAAGGAAAACAACAUAACAGAUAAAAGUGCUACAUGCCUAGACUGGAAAACACUAAUGACAAACUACAAGCAACAGUCACAGGUUGUGUAGGCUUCUGCCGCGAAACCAUUUCUGGUCGUCUUAACUUAUAAUGAUUUGUUUAACGGAUGCAGAACAGUAACCAAACUAAUAUUCAGUUGUGAAACAUUUGGUUAGCUAAGAUAUUCGAAAUUAUCGAAGAGUUUCUGUUCUUAACAUAAAUAGUUUAUGGUAUUCGAUCCAUAUUCUAAAUUUAAAAUAUUCUCCCACCCUUAGUUUUCAGAGAGCAUAGAGGGAGGGAAAGGAGGCAUGCAGUAAUAGGAAGGGCCUCUCCUAUUUUAAAACGAUAGCUUUAAGGGCCCAAUUAGACAGAAGAUACGGUGGCGGCAGCGUUGUUUGUGUUUUGGACAUGAGUGAAAACUCCCAAUGGAAAUAAAAAUUAAUUAAAUUUUUCGACCGGUCAAAGAAUGUUCGCAUUGAUGCCAAGUUUCUCGGGGAGGUUCCUUUAUCCAAAGGAAAGUAAUUGAGCUGAAAAGAAAAUUGUGUUUCAGUGGAAACCGAACCCAGGACCUUGGGAAUGCGAAACAGCCACGAAGGCUCAUUGGUUCAAGUGUGUUAGAGGUAGUCAUAGUAAAUGCUUUGUGGUCUGACUCAGUAAAAUUUCUUAGAGAAAUGUACUGUUGCGUGGAUGGUAAUUAUGAGUAUUGUAAUUAAGAAAGGGCUAAUUAGGCUGAAGUGAGUGCGAGUAUUGGGCUGGUUCAUUAUACAUAAACAAAUGGAAUGUGUAUGUAUGUGUGGUGGAUCAAUAAGCAGAUUUUGUUCUGACUUGGUAAAAUGUCUUGUUGAGAUCAUGAGAAGCAGUCGGGAACCCUUUAAUGCUAUUGCAUUCUACUCUGAGAGGCAAAGCUUAAGUAUCUCCCAAACUUGUUCUCACUCACGCUUGCUUGUGGUUUUUGUACACUUCUGUGUGGUCCACUAAGUAAGGCAUCAUGGGGGCUAAACUGGAGCAAGCAUACUUAGAAUUGCACUCACUGCACCAUAGGCAACACCAUUGCCUGUGCCAUGCAGUUGAUCUUUCAUUGAAAGUGUUUCAUGACAAAUAAUCAUUGUGCUCUGCAUGUUCGGUCAGAACAAAUGCAAGUUUCUGUGACCAUUGAAAUUCACCUUGUGGCAGCGGCAUUCAUGAAUAGGGUAUUUAAUGACUGUUGGCUUCAAUGUGCAUUAAGACUGACCACGUGACAGCAGUGAAGGAUUGUGCAUUAAUACAAUUUUUCUCUUUCCAAUGUUCUUUCCUUUCUUAAAUUUUUAUGUACAAUCAGAAGCAAAUGGUGUAAUUCUCAAACAAAAAUGGAAGUGUUUUGACAAAUCAAUUUUUCACAUGUCACCGGUGCCAUAAUUUUUUCCUAGUAAAGGUUUUCAUAUUUCAUGGUGCACUUUUUAUCAACCACACCUUUAUGUCACAUACCUGAAGCACGGUAUACCAGUUUUAGUUGUGCUGUGUGGUUUUCAUUUGCUGUUGAUUGUACAUGUUAACGCAUCAGAUUAUUUUGUUAAACUUUGGGGGGAAGGUUGUUCAACCAAGUAUAUGUCUAGGCACAUGUGGUCAGUGCACAAAAACAUGAGGUGGAUGCUCAGUCUAUGUAAUAUGUGGGCAAAUGAGGGUUAAAUUGAUGUGACACAUUUUGCUGGAAAUUGGAAAUGACGUCAAUAAAGGAAUUGGUUAGCACGGUGCUUUUAUAAAGCUGCUGUGUUAGUUACA